AUGUCGGCUAAGCCUAUCUUUGUCGCUACCCAUCCCAGGGCAUGCUCAACGGCUUUUGAACGGGUUUUCAUGACCCGCAAGGAUUCUCUGCAGUGCAUCCACGAACCAUUCGGAGAUGCUUUUUACUUCGGCCCUGAACGGCUGAGUACGAGAUACGAGGACGACAAGGAAGCUCGCGUGGCAAGCGGCUUUAGCACCUCUACGUUCAAGUCCAUCUUUGAUCGAAUCGAAAGAGAAGCCACUGAGGGCAAACGAGUCUUUAUCAAAGACAUCAUCCACUACUUGGUCCCUCCUGAUGGAAAACCAGCCAGCAUCGCUCCCUCCCUUUUCAAGGUGAAGCGCGGCAUUGGCACCAAUGGCGAGAGCAACGGCCUCACCAACGGCCACGUCGACACUGAAAAAGUCAAUGGCGUGGCCACGAAUGGAGGAGCUUCAGUCAAAGCUGAAGUCCCUCCAUACCCUUAUGCGACCGAAGCAGAGCCAGAAAACCCAACGGUGGUCCCUCUGGAGCUUCUGUCCAAAUUCCAUUUCACUUUUCUCAUCCGCGAUCCGCACUACAGCAUUCCGUCCUACUUUCGAUGCACAAUCCCUCCGUUAGACGACGUGACUGGCUUCCAUGAUUUUUCUCCAUCCGAGGCUGGGUACGACGAAGUCCGUCGCGUCUUUGAGUACUUGCGCAAAGUCGGUCUAGUUGGCCCCCGUGUCGCGACUACGCAUGCAGAAGAUGCAGCCAAUAAGGAGACGAACGGAACCACUCACCAGCGCAAUGGUUCAUCUCACAAAGGGGGCGUCGAAAUUUGUGUCGUCGACGCAGACGACCUAUUGGACAACCCGUCUCUUAUGAUUGAGACAUAUUGCAAGAGCGUCGGCAUCCCAUUUGAGCCUAAGAUGCUCCGUUGGGACACGGAGGAAGACCACGCCGCUGCCCGAGCAGCCUUCGAAAAGUGGAAGGGCUUUCACGAGGAUGCCAUCGCGUCUAGGGAACUAAAGCCUCGUGCUCAUGCCAAGCUUUUCAAAUCCGAGGAAGAGUUCGAUGCCGAAUGGCGCGAGAAAUUCGGUGAAAAGGGCGCGAAGAUCAUUCGAGAAACGGUCAAUCGCAACAUGGCGGAUUACCAUUACAUGAAGCAGUUUGCGCUGAAGGUCUAA